UAUUCUUAUAGAGAACAUCCAUUUUAUUGAUUCUCUCAAAAGAAAUGGUUUUUUAAUGGUUAGCAGACCUAAUUUAUCUUAUUUAUUUAUUUGGGCUAUUUACAUUUAUUAUCGUGACCAAAUUAGAAGCUGAAUAAUAUAAUAGAGAAGAAAGAAAAAUCAGAAAUCAGCGAUGGCUCCGAGGAGGAAGAUAAGCAAGGAAGAUGUUAUAGAGAAGCUUAAGGACGACGGUGAUUUCGACAGCCUCCGCCUCCAAAUCAUACGCCGCCUCAAGGAUAACGAGGAACUACGAAACAAGAUGAUAUCAGUUGUCAAGGAGUCAAGAGCUUUGAAUCGACCGGAUGCUCAAACUAUGAAAACCAGGCAACUCUCUGAUGCCAUUUUCCAAGAAGUUGGGAGCAAGAUGUUGAGCCAACUCUCAGAUGGGUUGUGGGGGAUUAUAAGAUCAGAAGACGGGAUGAAGAACGAGAUCAGAGACACCGUGCAAUCUGUCUACACUUCAUUAUCUAACCCUGGAGGCGUUCAAGAGGGACCAUCCAACACCAGAGAAUCAGAACAUAACAUCCCAACCUCCUCGACUCUUCUCCAUUUAGGUAACGAGUUUGGUCCAUCAAGUAAACAGAAGCAAGAACUGAUUUAUGUACAAGAAAACAAAGGAGAAGCAGCAUGUAGUAGUAGCACUAACAACAGAGUUAGUUACACUGACAACAACAACAACAACAACAUCAACUGUGAUGAUGAUGAAGAAGAUCCUGAACUCCCUCCUGGUUUUGCCUAAACUUUUAAUUAGUAUUUUUAGACUUUUUCUGCUAAAUUUAUUUAAUGUUAUUUGUGUAAAGAUAAUAUAGUACCAAACUCAAAUCUUGUAAGAACAACCGAUUUAUUUAAGCAAAAAAAAAAAAAAGAACAACCGAUUUGUUGUCA